ACCUCCAAGCAAAUCUGGGAUUCUAUGAAGAAAAAAUACCAGGGGUCCGCAAGAGCAAAAAGACAACAGCUACAAGCUCUUCGAUCAGAAUUUGAAACAACUCGAAUGAAGUCAGGAGAAUCUGUGACGGAUUACUUCCCACGGAUAAUGACGAUUGCCAAUAAGAUGCGGAUUCAUGGUGACAAAACUGAAGAUGUUACCAUUGUCGAAAAAUUACUCCGGUCCAUGACUCCAAAAUUUAAUUUUGUUGUCUGCUCAAUAGAGGACUCCAAAGAUAUUGAUGAGCUUUCACUAGAUGAACUCCAAAGCUCUUUGCUUAUCCAUGAACAAAAGAUCAGUGAGCAAGACAAAGAUGAACAAGCAUUGAAGGCUUCAACAGGUGCUUAUGGCUGGACUUCAAACAAAGCAAAUAAAGGAAGAGGUAAAGGAUUUAAGGAUCAUAAAAAUCAGCAUCAGCAAUAUGGUAACCAAUUUGGUGAUUCUCGAGGAAGAGGCAGAGGCGAAUUUCAUUUUGGCAACCACAGAGCAAAAGUCAGUAGACAAAGCUAAUAUAGAGUGCUACAGAUGCCACAAAUAUGGACAUUAUCAAUCAGAAUGUCAAACUAACAUGUCUAAAAGCAAUGGGGAAAAAUCAAAUUUUGCAGAAAAAGAUGAGGAAAUAUCUCUGCUAAUGGCCUGUCAUACAAGAGAAGAGACUAACAAGAAUUUGUGGUACCUGGACACUGGUUGUAGCAACCAUAUGUGUGGGGAUAGGACAAUCUUCUCCACCUUAGAUGAAUCUUUCAGAGAUAAUGUAAAGUUCGGUGAUAAUUCAAGAAUUUCUGUUAUGGGAAAAGAAUAAAUUAUUAUCCA